UCAGGGACUGGACUUGGCUUACUUUACACUGCACAGUAAAAACACCCACAGAUACACCAGACCAGCAGCUACUGGACCUAAAAUGAGAGACGCAAUCUUGUGGUAGUGAAAAUACAGGUUAACACAGGUAGAUAAAAAUGAAUUUCUGGAAGAAAAUGAAGAGGUCAGACUGGGUCUUUCCCACUGUUUUGCUCUCUCUUUAUGGUUUCUUUGCCAACUGCAGACCGGCAGAGCCUUUCCUUACUCCUUACUUGGUGGGACCCAAAAACAUUUCAGUGGAAGUGGUAACAAACUACCUGUUCCCCAUCUGGACAUACUCAUAUCUGGCCGUGCUCUGCCCAGUCUUCCUAUUGACAGAUUUGCUUAGAUACAAACCUCUAAUAGUAACUCAAGGUCUUUUUCUUGUCACAAAUUACAUACUUCUGUGCUUUGCUACCAGUUUAAUUGCUCUGACCUACCUACAAUUCAACUUUGCAAUGGUCACCUCCACCGAAGUGGCCUAUUUUUCAUACAUCUACAGUGUUAUUCCUCCCGAAUGCUACCAACGGGCCACAGGGUACGUUCGCAGUGCCAUGCUGACGGGAUACACCUUUGGAGCUACAUUAGGACAGCUAUUAAUUUCAUUUGCUGACACAAGCUACUUCCAUGUAAACACUAUUACUCUGGGCAUAAUGUCAGUGGCUUUCUGUAUUUCUUUGGGCCUGCCGAUGCCUCAACAAGGAAUGUUUUUUAAGAAGAAGGUGGAGGUGUCUACGGGCCCACUGAAUGAGGUUACAGAUGCACUUGGGGGAGAAACAGAUCUAGGAAAGCAGGCUACAGGAACAUUCUGUGAUUGGGGGAACAUUAGAACCUCUGGAAACCAAAUGUGGGAGAGUCUCAAAGAGUCCUACUCCUCUAGAAGGCUGGUGCUGUGGUCCCUCUGGUGGGCUCUGGCUACAGCUGGAUAUGGACAGGUCUUUAACUACGUUCAGCUGAUGUGGGACCACAUUGAGCCCUCCAGUACAUCCUCUGUGUAUAAUGGAGGAGUAGAGGCGGUCUGCGCACUUGUAGGUGCAGCGGCAGCUUUCUCUGUGGGUUAUAUCAGAGUGCAGUGGGGUGUGUGGGGCGAGCUCUUGCUGGGUGUUUUCUCUGCCGUAGGUGCAGGGUGUGUCUUCCUCAUGGGCCUCACCAACAAUAUAUGGCUGUGCUACGCAGGCUACGCUAUCUUCAAAGCGUCAUACAUGUUCCUCAUCACAGUCACAAUGUUUCAGAUAGCAGUUAACCUCUCUAUGGAAUGUUAUGCGCUAACUUUUGGCAUUAACACUUUUGUUGCUCUUACACUUCAAACUAUUCUUACUGUUGUUGUGGUGGACAAUUCAGCCCUGGGACUGGACAUUGUGACACAGUUUCUUGUAUAUGGAGGUUACUACAGCACCAUCUCUGUGCUCUUCCUCUUACAAGGCUUGUACACAGUUUGUAAGCACCUCCGCAAAUCUGCAGAAGAAACUAAUACAGACCGGCCAUCCUCUGCUCUGGAGGAUAAAUAUGGAUCAGACAGACAGGAUCUUGGUCCACAAUCACCACCACAAAAUAUUACAGAACAAUCAGCAUUUUAAGUUAGAAUCACAAACCCAAUGUUUGUUUUUUUUUGUCUUUUCUUUAAUGUUGUUAUCAGAAUACACAAAAACUGUACUGUAAGUGAUUGUGUAUUGUAAUAUGUAUAAUUAUUUAUUCACCCAGUAUUUUUGCAUGUACUGUUCUGUGAUAUCAUUUCCCGUUUACGAUGUAAAAUAAGUGAUUUGCUCUUUUGCACUAUUUGCACUUAGCAUACCAAACGCUAAACUUCAAAUAAAAUAGUAGAAAUUAUAAGACGUUUCUUGUGUAAAUUGGCCGUUUCAGCGAUGUUAACGUUAAGCAACGUUAUAAACAAGUAUCACGAGCCUAUAUAUCGUAAGUAUCUUAUAAACAGAAUUAAAUUGUUAAACAAACACACACAGAAGAACAGCGCUUACUACAGUGACACGGAACGUCACUUCUGUAACAUAACACCGUCCGGAAGUUUUUGAAACAAGCGGUUGGGAAUAGCGGAAGUGACGUCAACUAUUUUUAAAAUGGGAAUUGCAGUCUAAUAACUUUUUGCAAGAACACGUUGUUAUUAUUCAAAUGUAAUAUUGCUAGACAUGUUAAGUUUUAUUUGAAUAGGCAUUACAAUGGCGUUUCAUAGUCAAAAAUAAUAAUUAAUAAAUAAACGAGGCAGUA